AUGUCUAAUCUUCCUGAUCGCAAGGUAAUUGGAGCUGAACCAGUGUUCAAAGUGUUCAAUCAGGACUUCAUUGUCGACCCAAGAUACAACGUCACAAAGGAACUCGGUCAGGGUGCUUAUGGCAUUGUCUGUGCCGCGACAAACACUCAGACUGGCGAGGGUGUCGCCAUCAAGAAAGUCACAAAUGUCUUCAGCAAGAAAAUCCUGGCCAAGCGUGCCCUGCGUGAAAUCAAGCUGCUGCAACAUUUUAGGGGGCAUCGCAACAUAACAUGCCUCUACGACAUGGACAUUCCUCGACCAGACAACUUCAACGAGUGUUACCUCUACGAGGAGCUCAUGGAGUGCGAUUUGGCUGCCAUCAUCCGAUCCGGCCAGCCCCUCACCGACGCCCACUUCCAGUCCUUCAUCUACCAGAUCCUUUGCGGUCUCAAGUACAUCCACUCGGCAAACGUGCUGCACAGAGAUUUGAAACCCGGCAAUCUCCUUGUGAACGCCGACUGUGAGCUCAAGAUUUGCGAUUUUGGACUCGCCAGGGGCUUCUCCAUGGAUCCUGAGGAGAAUGCGGGGUAUAUGACCGAGUACGUGGCAACACGAUGGUACAGAGCCCCGGAAAUCAUGUUGAGUUUCCAGAGCUACACCAAAGCUAUCGACGUCUGGUCGGUAGGCUGCAUCCUCGCCGAACUGCUCGGCGGCAAGCCCUUCUUCAAAGGCCGCGACUACGUUGACCAACUCAACCAAAUCCUGCACUACCUCGGCACUCCCAACGAGGAGACCCUCUCCCGCAUCGGCUCCCCGCGUGCCCAAGACUACGUCCGCAACCUGCCCUACAUGCAGAAGAUCCCCUUCGCAUCCCUCUUCCGGAACGCGAACCCGGACGCCCUGGACCUGCUAGACAGAAUGCUCGCCUUCGACCCCUCGAGCCGCAUCUCGGUCGAAGAGGCCCUCGAGCACAGGUACCUGCACAUCUGGCACGACGCGUCGGACGAGCCAUCAUGCCCCACGACCUUUGACUUCCACUUUGAAGUCGUUGAGGAUAUUGGCGAGAUGAAGCAGAUGAUUCUCGCAGAGGUGAAUCGCUUCAGGCAACUGGUGAGGAUGCAACCGGGACAGCAGCAGCAUGGGCAGGGCCAGCCGCAGGUGCAGGCCCAGGUGCCCAUCCCAGAGGGGUUCGAUAGGAGUGGGUACGAGGACCCGAGACCGCAUGAAGCCGGGGCGCAGUGGCAGGGUAACGAGCUGGAGAGGGAUCUGCAGGGCUUGGAUGCGAGAGGGAUGAGGGCUUAG